AGUUGACUUUCUUGAAUGCUGCAGCUCAAAUGUAUUCCAUUUCCAAACAUCCUAUUCCAAAUUAUAUUCCCUUUUUAGGCUCCCCUUUGUCCAAAUUUCUGAUGAAUUCAACAGGUUAUUUCUACAUAAUUCUCUGUUUUCUAAUUGCUACUGUGGUUGGAUCUGAAUCAAUUACUUCAGACUCAUCUGCUAAAAACUCACUUGAUUCCUUACUUCAGCAAUAUGCAUUCAGGGAAUUGAGGUGGCCAAGAGUCAGAACUGGUGUUCCUUAUGAUGCAUAUGUCCCUUGUAACUUGCCAGGAAUUAAAAUUUCAGCAUUGAUGCUUACAAGAUACAGCUUAAAAUGGAGAUCGUAUGGGUAUUAUAAAGAAUUCCUUAUCCCUUCUGGGGUCAUUGAGGAACCAUAUGCAAGGAAACUUGUUCUGGUUUACCAAAACUUGGCUAAUUGGUCCUCUUUUUAUUAUCCUUUGCCUGGUUACACUUAUCUAACUCCGCUUUUGGGUAUCUUGGCUUAUGAUGCUUAUGAUUUGUAUGCUAAAAAUGUACCAGAAUUAGAUAUUUUAGCAUCGGAAGAUCCUAUCACUAUCAAGUUCCACAAUGUGCAGCCUGCACCACAAGGGUCUUUGCCCAAGUGUGUUUAUUUCUACUCAAAUAAUUUGGUCGAAUUUGGGGAUGUCACAGAUGGAAAUAUUUGUUUAACUAGAAUACAAGGCCAUUUUGCUAUAGUUACUGAGGUGAAAGUUGCUCCAAGUCCUCCUCCUAGUGCUCCAAGUCCUUCUCCUGCAUCUGAUAAAAUUGCUCCGAGUCCUUCUCCCACAGCUGGUGGAAUUGCCCCGAGUCCUUCUCCCACAACUGAUAAUAUUGCCCCGAGUCCCUCUCCUACAGAUGAUGGAAUUGCCUCAAGUCCUUCUCCCACAACUGAUAAUAUUGCCCCGAGUCCCUCUCCUACAGAUGAUGGAAUUGCCUCAAGUCCUUCUCCCACAGCUGGUGGAAUUGCUCCGAGUCCUUCUCCCACAGCUGGUGGAAUUGCUCCGAGUCCUUCUCCCACAGCUGAUGGAAUUGCCCCGAGUCCUUCUCCUACUGCCGAUGAUCAUAAUCAUCAAAAGUUCAACUCUAAAGCGUGGACUAUUUCAUCGCUAUUUCUAAUAUUUGGUCUCUUGGGAAUAUUGGUUGUUAUUGUUAAAAAGUAUAGAUUAUUCGAAAUAAGAGAGAGGUUGGCAGGAGUUGUUGAGCCCUUGUUAGAGAACACAGAGGCGCCAUUGCCAUUGGAAGCUCCAACUAGACUGUUGACGUAGAAUGAUUAUGUGCUUUAGGUUACACAAAAACUAUUCACCCAAGUGACAAGAAAUACAUAGUGUAUAAUCAUUUCUCGCAGCAUUUAAAACACUAAUUCAUAUGCUGACUUGCUUACUUAGGUACAACUUGUUUGUUAUAUUUUUGAACAUAUGAUGAUUCAAUUGUGCCUUCUUUAACCUUGACUAAU